AGUAAAAGCUUCGGGAAGCUGCAGCUGAGACUCGUCUUGCUGUUUCUGUUGAAAGAUUAAUUACAGCCAACUAAAUUCUCUGGACCUUUCUAAACUACACAGCAGUCUCUGCACACAGUAUGUCUGCUGCCGGCGCUUCACUCUCUGAAGAUCAGUUUCUGUGCUCCAUCUGUCUCGAUGUGUUCACUGAUCCAGUCAGCACUCCAUGUGGACACAACUUCUGCAAGAAGUGCAUCACUAAACACUGGGAUGUUAGUGUCCGGAGUCAAUGUCCCAACUGUAAAAAGAUGUUCUCCACCAGACCAGAGCUGCAGGUCAAUACUUUAGUCUCUGAGAUGGUUGCUCACUUCAGACAGUCAGCUCAACAGAGAGCCAGCAGCAGCAGCUCAGAGCUACAAGCUGCUGGACCAGGAGAAGUUCCCUGUGACGUCUGCACUGGAACCAAACUGAAGGCUCUGAAGUCCUGCCUGGUGUGUCUGGCCUCCUACUGCGAGACUCACCUGGAGCCUCAUCUGACAGCUUCACGUCUGAAAAGACAUCAGCUGAUCGACCCUGUGGAGAACCUGGAAGGCAGGAUGUGCAUGAAGCACGAUAAACCUCUGGAGCUGUUCUGUCAGACUGACCAGACGUGUGUCUGCAUGCUGUGCACUGUUUUAGAACACAAGACACACGAUUUUGUUCCUCUCAAGGAAGAAUAUGAGAGAAAGAUGGCAGAGCUGGGGAAGACAGAGGCUGAAAUUGAGCAGAUGAUCCAGGAGAGACGAUCAAAGAUUCAAGAGUUCAAACGUUCAGUCGAGGUCAGCCGGGACAAUGCAGACAGAGAGAUAGCAGCCAGCAUCCAUGUCUUCACCAAACUGAAGGAGGCCAUUGAGAGAAACCAGGCUGAAGUCAUUGAAACGACUGAAGAAAAGCACAAAACAACAGAGAAACAGGCUGAAGGUUUCAUCAAAGAGCUGGAAGAGGAAAUCUCUGAGCUGAAGAAGAGAAGUGCUGAGCUGGAGCAGCUGUCACACUCAGAAGACCACCUUAACCUCGUCCAAAACUGUCCAUCCCUGAAUGCACCUCUACCCACCAAGAACUGGACAGAGGUCAGAGUCUGUCCACCUUCAUAUGAAGGGACUGUGAGAGCAGCUGUUGCUCAGUCAGUGAAGAUGCUCCAACAUGAGAUGAAGAAGCUGCUCACAGAGACUGAGCUGAAGACGGUCCAGCAGUAUGCAGUGGACGUCACACUGGAUCCUGAGACAGCAUGUCCCCAACUCAUCCUGUCUGAAGAUGGGAAACAAGUGAGUUAUGGUAUUGUAAUGAUGAACGUCCCAGACAACCCAAAGAGAUAUGCUAAUGUUCUCUGUGUUUUAGGGAAGGAGAUGUUUUCUUCAGGUAGAUUUUACUUUGAGGUUCAGGUUAAAGGGAAGACUGAUUGGGUUUUAGGAGUUGCCAGAGAGUCAGUCAAUCGUAAGAGAGUAAUCUCUUUUAGCACUCAGUAUGGUUACUGGACUUUAUGGUUGAUGAAUGAAAAUGCAUACAGUAUUUAUACUGAGAACUUUGUCUCUCUCUCUCUGAAGUCUCGGCCUGAGAAGGUGGGUGUGUUUGUAGAUUAUGAGGAGGGUCUGGUCUCCUUUUAUGAUGCUGAUGCUGGAAGUCUUAUCUACACCUAUACUGGCUGCUGCUUCACUGGAAAACUCCUCCCAGCCUUUCUUCCUGGUGUUAAUCACGAUGAUAAAAACUCUUCCCCUCUGAUCAUCUGCUCUGUCCACCAGGCUCAGUAGAUUAACCAAGUUUUUGAGAAGCAAUCAAUAUUUUUCAUCAAAUGUUUGUCACUAGAGAGGUGUUUUCACAUUCCCUUCUGCAAGCCAGACCCCUCAUCUGAAAAUAGAUGCAGAAGCUGACAGUAAUUCAUGAGUCGGGCGCGAAGCUCCUUGGCUGGCACUGCUUGCACUGCUCUUUCAUUGGUCAACCUAAUGCAAGCAGCAUUGGUGGGCAGGAUGCAAGGCCAGGACCAAAAUUAUUCAGUGACUAAGAAAGAUUAGAUGUGCUUCCAGCCUCUCCAGUUUUUGCAACGGGAGAUUUAUUGGUUUUCAAAUGUCAAAACUUCUAUUUUAGAUUCAUAUCUGAUCUGUGUUUGUGAUUCUAUGUAUCAUAGGUGGAUUCUGAAAAAGAAGGAUAGCUUUAAUUUGGUAAAAAUAUUGAAGACAAGUUUAUAAUUCUAUGGUCUUCAUAGUCACAGGCAUGAUUUAGAUAUUUUUUUUAUUUUAAUUUAGUGAGGUAAUGGUAAUGUUUGAUAACUUGGGAUGUUAGUGGAUUUCUUUGUUGACUCUGUUGUCAUUUUUCUUUCUACCAAAAUGACAUAAACUCCAAUCUGGUGAAAUAUAUAAUUAAAAGCAUGCUCCAAGAGAACUUGGAACCACAUAUAAAGAUAUGACAAUAGUUGAUUUUUCAAGGUUGGCAUAAACUCUUUGUUUCAGAGUUUGUGCAUUUUUUUCAAAUGUGACGCAAAUGUUUUAAUUAUUGAAACUUUUUCAUUUUAAAAACAUUUUUUGUACAGUUUAAUAGUGCACCAAGGCUGUAACACCCGUUGCGUACAAGCAAAAAGAUAGAAGACUGGAAUAAAUACUGUCAUUUUGAUAUUA